AUGGUCUACGAAGAGGUGGACAAGCUCCUAGAAGCCAAGUUCAUCCAUGAAAUUUUCUACCCAGAGUGGAUAGUCAACAUUGUGAUGGUAAAGAAAGUCAGCGGGAAGUGGAGGAUCUGUGUCGACUACAUAAAUUUGAACAAAGUGUGCCCCAAAGAUAGUUACCCGCUUCCUCGCAUAGAUCUCCUGAUUGACAUGAUCGCAGGCCAUGAGAUGCUCAAUUUCAUGGAUGUAUACUCUGGGUAUAACCAAAUCAAGAUGUGCAGGCCAGAUGUUGAAAAGAUGUCGUUCUGCACACCUCGUGCCCUCUACUAUUACGAUGAUUUGUUCUUCGGACUUAAAAAUGCUGGGGCCACUUACCAGAGACUCAUGAACAAAAUGUUCAAAAAAUUGAUUAGCCGAAACAUAGAGGUUUAUGUGGAUGACAUGCUGGAAGUUCCUCGACUUCAUCGUCUCCCAAAGGAGGAUAGAGGCCAACCCAUAAAAAAUCAAAGCCAUAAUAGAGAUGAGGCCGCCAAGGAUGCUAAAGGAGUUCCAGCAAUUCACCGGGCAAAUAGCGGCCAUCAGCAGGUUCCCCUCCAAUUUCGGUGGACAAUGCCUUCCAUUCUUCCAGAUGAUGCGACAAGCAAAGAAAUUCGAGUGGACAGAGGAAUGCCAACAGUCCUUCGACAAGCUGAAGGAAUAUUUUGCCUCCCCCUACUCUUGACAAAGCCCAAACAGAGAGAGGAACUGAUAUUAUACCUCUCGGUGGCCCCCCAGGCAGUCAACGCGGUUUUGAUAAGAAAAGUAACCAAAAUCCAACAGCCCGUGUACUUUGUUAGUAAGAUCCUCCUGGAUGCUGAAACCAAUUAUCAGAGGGCGAAAAAGGUUGCGUACACCCUGGUGAUCGCAGUGAGAAAAUUAAGACCCUACUUCCAAUCUCACACCAUCUCGGUGAUGAUCGACCAGCUACUAAAGAGGAUACUGCAGAGGCCAGAGACAAUAGGAAGGGAAGGGCAAAUCCUGAUUAGCCCCAAAGGAUUUAAUAUCGAGUAUGCACUCAAGUUCAAUUUCAGGGCCGCUAACAAUGAGGUUGAGUAUGAAGCAUUGAUAGCAGGACUAAAGCUAGCCAUGUCCCUACUAGUGAGAAGGCUGCGAGCAAUUAGCGACUCCCAACUCGUUAUGCAAGUUCUCGAACUGUAUGAGGUGAAAGGAGAGAUAAUGAUGUCCUAUCUCCAGCUGGUCAAAACAAUUGUUAGACAGCCUGAACACUUCACAAUCCAACAAGUUCCUCGAACCGAGAAUGCUGAAGUUGAUGCACUCUCAAGGAUAACUUCCCAGAACCCAAUCGAGCUCGGACGUGCCGUUUAUGUGGAGAUCCUCUCACGUUCUAGUGUAGACGAGAGGGAGGAAGUGAUGCAACUCGAAGAUGCAACCAACUGGAUGGAUCCAAUAAUUAAAUACUUAUAG